GUAUAACCUAAAACGGCUGGGCCGUGGGCCGUUUAAAAGGUUCUGUUAAAACCUAGAAACCAUUACCGCUUCCUUUUCUUGUAGCCGAGCGUCCCUGCCUUCGGCGUGUGUUUCAGCCUCAGGUAAGCCAUGGUUAAGCAUAACAAUGUUAUCCCUAAUGGGCACUUUCGGAAGCAUUGGCAAAACUACGUGAAGACUUGGUUCAAUCAACCAGCACGGAAGACAAGAAGACGGUUAGCUCGGCAGAAGAAGGCUGUGAAGAUUUUCCCCAAGCCUACUGCUGGACCUCUUAGACCUAUUGUUCAUGGUCAGACUUUGAAAUACAACAUGAAAGUCAGAGCUGGGAGAGGAUUUUCUCUUGAAGAACUUAAGGCUGCUGGUGUUCCCAGAAAGCUUGCUCCAACUAUUGGCAUUUCUGUUGAUCAUCGUCGUAGGAACCGUUCUUUGGAAAGUCUGCAAGCUAAUGUGCAAAGGUUGAAAACAUACAAGGCCAAGCUGGUUGUGUUCCCAAGACGGGCUCGCAAGGUCAAGGCUGGCGAUUCUAGUCCUGAGGAACGUGCAAAUGCCACACAGGUUCAGGGUCAAUACUUGCCUAUUGUGAAGGAGAGGCCACCUGUGGAGCUUGUAAAGAUCACUGAUGAAAUGAAGGCAUUUAAGGCAUACUACAAGCUUCGCCUUGAACGCACAAACCAACGCCACUUUGGUGCCCGUCAGAAGAGAGCUGCUGAAGCAGAAAAGGAAGACAAGAAAUGAUGACCUCAGAAGCCUGUUUGUAAUCUCUAAAUACUAGGUGUUGCCCAUUUUUCUUUGAGAUUUUUUACCCUUACCUUUAUGAAGAGCAUGCUUAGUUUCAAAAUAUCACCUUCUUGCGUAUUGUUUUGUGAACUCAAGUCUGUUGAUUGAAUCAACACUGGUUCUGUUUGACCCCUCAUAUGUUUAUUACGCAUUCAACUUGUUUUUUCUUA